AUGGCGGAGGCGAGGGAGCACGUCGAGCAGAUCCGGCAGGAGCGGUUCUUCAUCGGGCGAGAGGAGAGGAACCCGCUGGCGGAGGACAUACACCAGGCGGUCACCUACCUCUCCGAGGAGCUCUACUCCAAGGAUGUUCAUUUCCUCAUGAAGCUCAUCCAGGUGAUAAAAUCGAGAAAUUUGUUGCUUGUUCCUGCUGAUGGAAGCAAGUGGGUCACACUGAUUGGUACUAAUCCUUGGAGAUUGCAAAAGUAUGUUGAGCUGUCAGCAGAUUAUAGCUCUUCAGGAAGAUAUGCCGGAAAUUGCACAUCUGAAGGUCAACUCAUAGCAUUCCUGAGGACCUAUGCACAAGCAGCUGAUAUACCAUUUAUACAUCCUCCAAAUUCAAGCAUCCCCGCAGUCUCUUCUCCUCUGGCAAUGGAAAAUGCUCUUUUGCUGCUACAAUGGAUUAGGAAUCUAAGAUCAAGCAAUGUCCUACCUAAAAAAUUCUUAAACUGCAUCAAGAAUGAGAAGUGGCUAAAGACAUCUGUUGGUUACAAUUCACCAUCAAGAACAUUUCUGUCAAGUCCAGGAUGGGGAAGUAAGCAGCAAAUACAAUUUGUCUUUGCUAACCUACCCAUAAUAUAUGAAGAGUUCUAUGCAAACAGAAUAGGUGUUUACAAGGAAGAGUUGAGGAUAAUGGGAGUGCAAUUUGAGUUUGCAAAUGCAUCUGUGCAUAUUGGUAAUCAGCCUUUGAGCAUGGAGAAUGCUAUUUUACUUCUACAAUGGAUUAGGGAUCUAAAAUUGAGGAGCGUCCAGCUUCCCAGGAACGAGUUAAGCCGUAUCAGGAAUGGAAAAUGGCUGAAGACAUCAAUUGGUUGCAAUGCACCAUCCCGAUCCUUUAUGUUGAGUGCGGAAUGGGCAAAUUUGCGACUGGUUAUAUCUCAGCUAGCUAAUGUACCCUUGGUUGACCAUGAGUUUUAUAAGAACACAAUAAGUUCUUACAAGGAGGAGCUGGGAUCCAUUGGGGUGCAAUUUGAAUUUUCAUACACAUCCAUGGACAUGGCCACCACACCAUUGACUAUGGAGAAUGCUAUUUUACUUCUACAAUGCAUUAGCAGUCUAAGAGUCUUCUAUGGGGUUGACAUAGCUGAUUUCAAAUCGGAGCUUAAGCUAUUUGGAGUUGUUGACUUCAAACAGAAUUUUCAGCUGGUAGUUGACAACUUAAGGUUCUCUGAAGAUAUAAUCACCCCUGGUGCCACAAUACUAAUGCUCAAGUGUAUUUGGUAUGCCAAGGAAUCUCUUGAUUUCAUAGAAAGGCUGAAAGAUAUCAGAUGGUUGAAGACUGAUGUUGGCUUCAAGCUCCUCGUGAAGCUGUAUAUGGAAGAAUUAAGUAAGACUGGUCUAAUUGCUGGCUUGAAGGAGGCAACUGUGACUCCAGAAGCUAUUAUCUCAUUGCUAAAGUGCAUCAGGAGCUGGAGGAAAAAUGGGACUGCACUUCCUCAAAGUUUCAAGAGUGCAAUAAACGUGAAGUGGGUUAAGACCACUGCAGGGUACAGGAACCCAAAUGGGUGUAUCCUGUUUGAGUCGGCAAUAGGAGUUGCUCUGAAUGCCAGUGCUGGUUGUGCACUGAUGGCACAGCAUCUACAAGGUCUUUCUAAUGUUGAUAAGAUUUCUAGUAUAUACUCGUAUUUGGAAGCAUGCCGUUGGAAGCCUCGAUACACUAGUGAUGACUGGAUUUGGAUACCCCAUGAAGCUGAUGAAGGAGCAUGGGUCAACCCAGCCAGUUGUGUUCUUUAUGAUAGGAAUAGCCUUUUCGGCUCUCAGCUUCAUGUUCUGGUAAAAUGGUACAACAGCAAAUUGCUUCGGUACUUCAACACGAUUUUUGGUGUGAAGCAUCAUCCAACUGUUAGCGAUUAUUGCAAGCUCUGGAGUGUGUGCAGGACUGCACUGGCACAAAAAGAUUGUGCUGCUUUCUGGAAAUUCUUUGGCAAGAACUGGAGCACCGAUAUGGGGAAGUUUAUCUCUGGUUGUAUCACGAAGGUUCCAGUUUGUUCUGGAGAUCAGAUCUUGCUACUUGAGAAACAAGAUGUCUUCAUUCUUGAUGAUCUACUACUGGAGGAUCUGUUCAAGAAGCAGGCUCAGCAACCUUUAUUCGUUUGGUAUCCUUCAGCUAGUCUGCCAUGCUUGUCUCCUACAAAAUUAAAUGACAUCUACAGUAGCAUUGGUAUUCAGAAUAUUUCGAAAGCUGUUGCAAGGGGUGCAUCCGAGGGCUUGAAAAUCGAGCAUGUAACCAUUGUUCAUAAAGGUCUCACCAAUGUAGUUGUCUAUGAGAGAAGCAUGCCUCUUACUGUGAGCUAUCAGGUUGGACUAUCUUCAGGAAGAAACAUGGUUGUUACAUCUGCACGUUUUUUCUGUUGGGAGAGGGAGGACUCGAGGCUAGAUGUGACAAAGACUGAAGUAACAGGAUUAGUGACCAAUUCAGUGAAGAUGGAGCAUGCAGCGUGCUUUGCUGAGGAGAUCUCUAAAGGGCUGUUAUUUGAGAAUGCAGAUCAUGUCCCAGCUCUUGCUGAACUCGUGAGGACAGGAUUUUUGCUGGACUUUGAUGUUCCUGCUGUUGAGAUUUUGUUGAAGUUGAAGAACCUACGGCUGUUCGAGAAGGAUGAACAGUUCCUUUUACCAUACACUGAUAUGCUUCGUGCUAACAGAUCAUGUGGUUCUUCCUAUGUAUGA